AUGGGUUCAAAUGUUAGUUGUAAUGAUACUGAUAGUUCAUCAAAUAGUACCUCUUCAAUCCAUGAUAAUAGACCAAUAAAUAAUUCAUAUACGAAUGAACAAAAGUCAAAUAGUGAAUCAAAUCGAUCACAUGUUUAUAUUAAAGAUAAAUUUCGAUUAGAAUUUCUUGAUUGUAAUUGUUUUUGUGAUACGACAAAAAAAAUAGCCAAUUGUGAUUUUCAAGGUAUUAAUGUAUUGCAAGAUCUGUAUGAGAUGGUAAGUGAACUUGAUUUUCAAUGGAACUUCUUCAAUUUGUCAAAUAAUCUUUUUUCAUUUUAUUUGGCAUAAAAUAUUGAAUAAGAGAUUUUUCGAUAUACAUUGAAUAAUACUUAGUAUUAAAUCUAACUCUCGGAUAUUUUCUAGUAAUAAUUAUACAUAGUUCAUUAAACAUGUCAAUGAAUGAGUCAUAUAAAAAUGUUUGUGUUUUAAUAUGAUUUCGUUCAUCAUAUUUCAAUCGAUUAUCACAUUUAAAGAAAAAUGGGGCAUUUUGAGUUUACUGUAUAUCUAAAAUCUAGUUUGUAGUCUUCUUGCAACUUGUUUCAAACGUUCCCUAGAAAGCUCGACACCAUAGAUAGUGUCGGUUCGAACUUUUUAAAAACCAGGUGAGUUCGAUCCGGUUUAUGG